ACCACAACGCCUGCAAAAAAAUUCACAGAUCCGUUUUUCCGCAGCAGAAGAGAAUCGUCUCUCUCAGAAACCUGAAAAAUGAAAUGAUUAUAGAUUGUAAUAUUUUUAAAUUCAUUUUCCAUCGCUUUUUCUACGAGGAGUGUUUACAAGCCUUCCAUGACUCAGACUUCAGUGAUCUCCACUGAUGUUUCAUUAAAGCCAUAACACCCCUUUGUUCUUUUGGCUUUGUCCCCAGGGGGAGUGAAAAAGGGCUUUUUGGUUUUGAUUAAAAAAAAAAGUUCAGAGAAAGAGAGAGGAGGGAGAGAGAGAGAAAAAAAACCCUUCCACUUCUAACUCACUCAAGGAAGGUGUGAGCUUUUUUCCUCUUUCUCCUGUUUUUCCUUCCCCCUUCUCAGCCUGGAUCAUGUUUUUCCUGCAACUCGGAUUCCCCAUCGGAUUAUUUUAAUGUUUGCUGCUAUGAGAGAGCUGCCUGGCAGACUGGAUUACUUGUUUGUUAUUUUUUAUUCAAGAACCACACAUACAAGUGGAUAGGACACGAUCCGUGGAUAAACCCUUAUUAAAAACAAGGGUCAUUUUAAAGAUUUCUGGCAGCCAUGAGUUCUUCUGGGGUACUGACCUGUAUGCCAAACUCAGGACGGAUCUUCCGGGAGACUUCCUUGCGUCCACCAGUGCCAGGCCAGGAGACAAAAAGCUAUAAGACAGAGAAAUUUGCUAUGGAUCCACAGCACUUUGAGCACCAGAUGAAGCACAAGGAGGAUUCAAUACGAGAAGCAGAAGGAUGUGUUUCUAAUGACUCCCGUUUUUCACGUUGGUGCAGAUCCCUAAAUCUUUUGUUAGAUGACCAAGAUGGAGCUACACUUUUUCGUAUGUACUUGGAAGGAGAAGGGUUAGUGGAUCUAUUAAGUUUUUGGUAUGCUUGCAAUGGCUUUAGAGCUAUGGAUCCUGCAGAACCCAAAACCUCAAAAACUGCCAAAGCCAUAUACCGUUGGUAUGUACAGAAUAGUCAAGCUGUCUCAGGGCGUUUAAAGCCUGCCACACGAGCCCAAGUGAAGGACUGUGUAAAGAACCAACAGCUGAAUAAGACUGUAUUUGACCAGGCCCAGCUUGAAAUUCAAAAAGCCAUGGAGCAGGAAGCUUUUCCUUCUUUUUUGCAAUCUGAUAUAUGCAAGGAAUAUGCACGAGCAGUUGAAGAUAGUCCCACUCCAGAAAGUCCGGGGCCUGGACUUCCUACACUGGCAGAGGAUGAGGAGUUUGGGACACACCAUGGUUCCAUUGGCUUGGGGAGUACGGGGAAAAUAAAUCGUGCCUUCACACGUAUCCCUCCUAGAAACCAAAGGUGCCAUACACGGAAAAAUGACUCCUACCAGUACUUUGCCCCUGCUGCCAGCAUCAAUGAUAGUGAAAUCUCCAGUGAUGCCCUCACAGAAGAUAGUAUGUCCAUGACAGAUGGCAGUGUAGAUGGAAUUCCACCAUACCGUUCCAAGCAGCGGGAAAUCCAUAGGAGUGUCAGUGCUAAUGGUCAUGUGCCUCUUCCGUUUGUUUCGAGAACAUUGCGUCCACCAGCUGAAAUGUUACCAACCAAUCCAGCGGAGUUUGCCGCCAAAUUGACACUAGCAUUGGAGAGGGUAAAAAAGCAGAGAGAAGCUGAAGAAAAACUAGAAGAGCGAUUACAGAGGUUGAAAGAUGAAGAAGAAAAAGCUGAUUAUGAUAUGCCUCCAACCAACCAUGAGACUGUACAGCCUGCUUCCUUUGAUGAAGACCCUCAGUCAAUCCUUGAUGACCAUGUUUCUCGGGUUUUGAAGACACCAGCAAACCUGUCCCCAAGAUCACAGUCUCCUUUCGCACAGAGAAAAGCCAAAGGUCCGGCAAUUUUUGUCAAAGGUCAAAGUUCAUCUUCUUGUCACUCACGUCCCAAAGCUCCUCAGGGGAUGGAAGCAAAUCCAACAAUGACUUCGGAACACCGGGGCUCUACGAGUUCUCAAGGCACAAGAAGUUACAAAAAAACAGAAGGCUGUGUAACAUCUCAUAGACCUGAGGAAGGAAGUACAGCCAUUGGGCUGACCACUCCUCUUUCAGCAGAACAGGAAGUAGAGCGUAACCACAGUGUCUUGCAGUGGGUUCUAGAAAGUGCAAAGUUGAUGAAAAAACAUCAUCGUGACAACAGCUCUAGUGUCAGUCACUGUUCAGAGUUAAAGAAGAACACACAUCGGGGAGCAUCCCAGCCUGCUCACUUAUUUCUUCAGGAUACAUCAAUGCCACCCCUUUCAGCACCUAACACCCUUGACCAACUGGAAGAGGCAAGGAGACGUCUUGUUGAAGAUAAGAGAGUCCCCAAACUUCAUAAAUCAAGGUGUGUGCAGCCAACUGCAGUUAAAGAAAAAGGCAAAACUUUGGAAAGUGUUCCAUCAUCAGGAUUUUCAACUCUCAAGUUUUCAGAAGAGCAUAAGACAGCCAAGAAGAUGGCUACAGAUUGUCAGGGUGGGUUAGCUAUCAUUUAUUACUUCUGUGGAGAAAGAAUUCCUUACAUGAUCCGAACCAAGGAGCCCAGUUUGACGUUAUUAGAGUUCAAAGAACUACUGAGCAAGAAAGGGACUUACAAGUAUUACUUCAAAAAGGAAAGCCAAGAGUUUGAAUGCAAUGCUGUAUUCCAAGAAAUUUCAGAGGAUGAUACGGUGCUCCCAUUAUUUGAGGAGAAGAUUAUCUGCAAGGUGGAAAGAGCAUGUUGAACAGAAUAUUAAAUUUCUCCAAGUAGAAAGGAAAAAAAAAUGCUACGGUUUGAUUGUGACACAUGCAGCAAGAACAGUCUUGCUUUUUUAGUGCCUGGAAUGUUUGCGAUGGAUAAGGAAGGUGGAUUAUUCUGAUGGGAAGGUGUUCGCUGUUUUGACUACUGGUGAAAAGUACUUGAAAACAAGGAAAACACUGAAAGGUGAAAACGUCCGGAGACCAGGAAUUAAUUACAGUACAGAUGAAGCAAAGGUUUUUUGGAGAGUAAUGGAAAUAUGAAACGGGAAAGUUGUUGAUUAUAACUCUGAGACACCGAUAAUAUAAUACUAAUGUUGUACAUGGCUGAAGCAAUGCUGUGUAGCAACAUUUAGAAAGAUAAUCAAGUUUGGUCGAAUGACCAUAAGCCAAUUCAAAGAAUCAAAAACAAAAGGAAAAAAAAUAGCAGUUCCCUAUUUUUAGCCACUAUUUGUAUUUAAGUACAUAAAAUGUACAUGUAUUUGUGUAUUUAUAAAACCAUUUGCUUUUGUAUUUUCACGGACAAGAGUAACCUUGGCACACAAUUUAGAAAAUGCUAUACUAUGUUGUUUUUCUAUAUCAAGAAUACCACUAUUAAUUCUAUUCAUAAACCUCAUGGAUGUAAUUAACAGCAUAUUUCCAACAAACUUCUAGCAAAAUACUUCAAAGUGUCCUGGAUUUUUAAAAGUAGAUCUGUUGGCAUUUUUGUUACAAAUGGAUUUAAAGAUUUUGGAAAAAGUAAGACAAACAUCUACGUACAAAGCCAGCUGUAAAAUAUUACCUGGAUAUUUUCAGUGAAUUCUGAAUGUGGAUAAUUUAUACAAGACUUUUGGCUGUGUGACAUCUUUUGAUAAUCUGAAUUCCUUGGCCAUCAAGCUAUGCAAGUACACUGAACUAUAUGCUGCUAAUCCAAUUUUUUUUUCUUUCCUAAUGGCAUAUGUAUCUCCUAAUAAUUUACAGUCACAUGAUUUGGAGGAAUGUUCAUAUGAAACUACUUUUUUUUUUUUUUCUACAAUACUUUUUAAAUAUAUUUUAAUACUCUUUAGCAGAAGAUCUGGUACAUUUUCUGGGAUAUACCCACCUUAUGCAUUAUUUGAUUAACCGGAGGACCUAAUUUUAGUUUUUGUUCUGUUUUAAGAACAGAUAGGUCUGUAUCUAAUUAAAAGAAAAAAAAAAAAGCAAACUGAAAACUCAAGGUCGCACAACUGUACAAAAUCAUUGAAGUCUUAAUUUUUCACAGUGGUACUUUUUAAACUAACAUAUUAAAUAUUUUUAUUGGAAACAUUUUAAUUUAAGCCAUAUCAACUUAUUCUUAUGCUCUGUUUUAAGAGUUUAUAUUUUCCCUUGAUUUUAUUUAAGGGUUUUAUUUGGCUUUUUGUAUAUACUGUAAACUUUAACAAGCCUGUUUAUUUAAGCAAUAAUUAAUGACUGGGCAUUUCAUGGUUAGGAACCGUAUGUGUAAAAUAUAGGCUCUGAUUAAAAACUAGCCUGAACCUCUUUGCUAUAUAGUCUUUUUUUUUUUUUUUUCUUUACAAUGGCAGAGCACUUUGCACUUAAGGUAUGCUACAUAAUGUAUUACAAUAAAUGAGUUCCCAUACAGCUUGGUUCGACAAACCCAGGUACCUAGGAGCCACUGGCUACUAGAAAAUUACCCCAGCCCUGGCUCCUAACUUUUCGAGUUAUAUUCCAUAGAUCUAUAUAACACUGUCUGGCUCCUAAGAGUAUGCCUGGCUACUAAAUAUUCUUACUGGCUCCUACAUUUUAAACAGAUUUGUUGACCCCUGCCAUGCAAUGUUUCAAAAAUGUAUCUGCAAAGUGUACAACUCUGGAGCUUUUGUGUUAAAGAUCAUUGUAUGUUUUAUCACAAUCAUUAAGAAAAAUGUAUUAAACUGUUAAUCUACAGAUAUUAAUGGUGGUUUUCUGUUGAAAAACACGAUACGUUUUUCUAAAGGAUUAUAAUGGACCCCUAUAUUUGUAAUGCUUUUGUAUGCUACAAAGAUGCAGAGUAUUUGUCAUUGAGUAUACCAUGGUAAAUGUUGCCACAUUGAUACAUUUGUGCAGUGUAUUGGACAGACGAUGUGUUCCAACUUUGCUAAAACCAGUGUUCAAAUCCUCAACCUCUAAAUUUGUCCAAAGUAGCCUAAUAAUACUAAAAAAACUUAAUUGAUUUUGGCUCCACAAAAUAAAUUGGCAAAUUUUGAAAAAAAAUAUACAAUAUCUUAUACAUUCAGUUAAAUGUCUAUCAGCCAUGUUUUUUGUCUCCCCCCCCAUGAUAUUUAUUUUCAAGUGUUUUAUAUUCUGAAGUAAUAAUUUACUAUGAAUGUACAAGAAAAGUUCCAGUAUUUAAUAAAAAAAUAUUUAUUUUUUUGUACACCUGAAUCUUAUUACAUUGGUAUUUUAGAGCAUUAUAUAUCUAUACAUUUUAGUUCUACAGCUUUUAGUGUGAUGUCCUCUUCCAAAGAUUUAAUUAAAUCUUAAAUCUACUCUUGCCAUGUUGUUCUCAAAUAUUCCUACAUUUUCAGACCGAUGCCAACAGAAAGCUUCAUUGUAUGUUAAAUUUUCUAAAGUGUUAAUUGUAAAUUUUCUAUAAAUAUACAGAAUGCUAUUUAAUAUUCAUAUUGAUAAAGUAUUGUUAUGAUUUUGGUGUUGUGCUUACCAGAAUAUUAAAAAUACUCCACCUGUUUUAAAGGUGAUUGUUAUUAAAGGGACAGUAAAGUCACCAUUUUUAAACUUUCAUGAUGCAGAGAGAGCAUGUGAUUUUAAAUGACUUUGCAAUUUACUUCUAUUAUCUAAUUUACUUUGUUCUGUUGGUAUCAUUUGUUGAAAAGCACACCUUGGUAGGCUAGGGAAUAGUAACGCACUACUGGGGCUAGCCGCUUGAUUGGUGGCUGCACAUAUAUACCUCUUGGCAUUUGAUCACCUGAUGUGUUUAGCUCGCUCCCAGUAGUGCAUUGCUACUCCAUCAAAUGAUACCAAGAGAAUGAAGCAAAUUUGAUAAAAGAAGUAAAUUGGAAAGUUGCUUAAACUUGCACAUGCCAACUGUAUCAUGAAAAAAAAUUGAGUUUCAUGUCCCUUUAACAUUUUUCUUUGAUACAUGAAAGUAAAGCAAUGAGUAAGAUUCUGUCAUCAUUCCACAACAAUUUUAUACAGCGAUACAUAUUUUUAUAUCUAAAUUUAUAUACACAUGUAUAAUUAUAAAUGAUACAUUGUUUUCUAUAUUUCAGAGUGAUAAUCUAGGUGUAUAAAAAUGAAACUUUUUUGCUAUACUUCAAAAUGUAAAAAUAAGCUGAAAUAAAAUCUAUAUUUUUUUGAAA